AUGACAAUCACCUCUGUAACCCCUGCACCUCUGAUCACCCGCCCCGCCCUGUGUGCACGGCCACGCUCACUGGAGGAGCAGAUUGAGCAGGAGCUGGUGUUAAUUGACUUCAAAAGCAUUCCAAGCUUCAGAGACGUGAUUGGUAUGGUCACGGGCUGGAAAGUCCAGAGUUGCAUUCUGUUAAAUGGCAAAUGGUGCAUCAACGUCGAGCGGGACAGACCUCUCUACCUCUGGCACAGGCCUACAGAUGAGCACGGACACUCCUGCCUUUUCUUCAGGACUGUACGAAAGGAAAAAAUGAGUCUUGAUGGAGAUGCACUAUCAGUGAUCGAGAACCCGGCGGCUGUCAGCCAUUCUUUUCCAUCAGAGAAAACAGUCGGAGACGCAGCGACCAGAGGAGUGCAGGGCUGGUUUAAAGGGAUUCAUUCAACAACACACGCUCACAGGCUGUUGAGGCUGCUGGCAGCUGUGUGUGCAGUUGGACUCCUGGGAGGCUUGGCUGUAGGUGUCUGGUUUCUAGUAAAAUUCCUUCUGAAGCCUUCCUACUCACAAAGUCCUGUGGGGCUGGGGGACACAAAGGAGACGCCUUUCUGCAACGUGACAGAGGAUAUUUCCACCUCUGACCCGAGGAAAGUGUUUUACAGAAUCAGCGCAGAGAACUCUCUCCUGGAGAUCCAGCUGGGGAAGCUUCCCACCUGGCUGCCUGUGUGCUAUGAGAGGUGGAACUCCUCGCUUGGGACGCUGGUCUGCAGACAGCUGGGUUAUCUGAGACUGACCAAGCAUAAAGGAGUGAAUCUCACUGAUAUCGGGCCAAACUACACUAAUGGCUUUAUACAAAUUACCUCAGAACACAAGAGGAAUCUGGAAAAUAUAUGGCAACUCAGGGGAAGCUGUAACACAGGGAAGGUUAUCGCUUUGCAGUGUUUUGAGUGCGGGACCCGAGCAAAGCUGCCCAGGAUAAUCGGGGGAGUGGAGGCCACGCUGGGCAGGUGGCCGUGGCAGGUCAGUCUGUACUACAGCAACCGUCACACCUGCGGAGGCUCCAUCAUCACCAGUCAAUGGGUAGUCACAGCCGCCCAUUGUGUGCACAAUUACAGACUACCUCAGGUGUCCAGCUGGGUGGUCUACGCCGGUAUCAUCACCCGCAGCUCAGCUAAAAUGGCCCAACACACUGGACACGCUGUAGAAAUCAUCUUCAACAAGAACUACAACCACAGGAGCCACGACAACGACAUAGCCCUGAUCAAACUGCAGACACCUCUAAAUUUCUCAGAUACAAUUAGGCCCGUGUGCUUGCCUCAGUAUGACUCUGACCUUCCAGGAGGUACACAAUGCUGGAUCUCAGGAUGGGGAUACACACAACCUGAGGGGGUUCACUCACCUGACACCCUAAAAGAAGCUCCUGUUCCCAUUAUAAGCACGAAGAAGUGUAACAGCUCCUGCAUGUACAACGGAGAGAUCACACCGCGCAUGCUCUGCGCAGGGUACCUGGAGGGAAAAGUGGAUGCAUGUCAGGGGGACAGCGGGGGUCCUCUAGUCUGCCAGGAUGAAAAUGUGUGGAGGCUGGUCGGGGUCGUCAGCUGGGGGACAGGCUGUGCUGAACCCAACCAUCCUGGAGUUUACACCAAAGUCGCUGAAUUCUUGGGCUGGAUCUACGACAUGAUAGAGGUGGCAUCGGUGGAACGUUUCCGCUCAUCUAGUUUCCAUGGCAACACACAACAUUAA